UGUAGCUUUUGUAGUAAAAUGAACCCGGAUGCACUUUAACAUUCCCCCUUACUGCAUGUCUCUUUUCUCUCCCUCGCUUUCCCUUUCUAUUCUGGUUUUGCGACCUUCAAAAGCAAACAACCAAACUGGCGGUUAAGCCAAAAAAACAUAAGAAAAACACACCAGCUCUGCCUUUGUUCAUCUUCUGCACCUUAAAUGCUAUAUAAAAGCAAUAUGGUCAUUCAGUCUCGGGCGACAAAUCGACGAUAAAACAACUCCCAAACGAUCGACGUUAAAUCUCACUUUUGAAGCUUACUAUAGAAAUGAAAAUACUGCAGCUUGGGCAAGAAGAAAUGACGGUCUCUGGUGGCCGCACGGUGAUAGUGGGGGUCAAGCCUGACUCGCAGAGCAGAGAGUUAUUGACCUGGGCCAUGGUAAAAAUGGCACAACCUGGGGAUACUGUUAUUGCUCUGCAUGUUCUUGGUAAUAAUGUGAAAUGGGCAUGUGUAGAAAUCGUAGAUCGAGAAGGGAAGUCUUCGCUUCUGUCGCUUGUCAAAGCUUUUGACUCUGUUCUUGCCGUCUAUGAAGGUUUCUGCAACCUGAAACAGGUGGAUCUCAAGCUCAAGAUAUGCAGAGGUUCAUCGAUACGAAAAAUUUUAGUUGGGGAAGCAAAAUCCUACUCAGCAUCAAAGAUUAUAGUUGGAGCAGCCGCCAGUCGCCAUACAAUCCGGUCACCGUCAUCUGUUGCUAAGUAUUGCGCCCAGAAGCUACCCAAGGAUUGCUCAGUUCUUGCUGUCAAUAACGGGAAAGUUGUGUUUCAGAGAGAAGGCUCUCUGGCUAAAACUGAUGAUUCUCAUGGAACUAAAGAUGAUCGCCGGAAUGGUCUGCUCAAUGCAAUUCACAGGUCAAUUUCAUUAACUAAGAAUUCCAAAGUAUUAAAUGAAAGUGGUACUGAUAGGGCCUUAAAGGAUGGAGAGGAUGAUGACCAGAUUUUAAAGCAGGCCUUGGUUAAGGCCCGUCCGAAUAGUUUGGGGAGUAUCAUGAAAGAGAGUUGCUCAAUUUGUGGAGCAGUUGCUAAAUCUCUAGAUAAUUCAUGUAAACAGUCUGCUGAAGAGUCUUCUGGUGAUAAUAGUGGUGAUGAUAAAUCUUUAGCUCUAGUGCCAGUAACAAAGGUAGAGGCACCUUCCUGUUCAUUUUCUUCUUUAAUCAGACAGGUGCCUGAAUUGAAACCUGGGUGGCCACUACUUCGCCGUGCAGUCUUACCAGAUCGUCAAGCAUCAGAUAGAUCCUCAGUGAGGCAGAUCUCAGUGGUUCAAUGGGCAAUGAGGUUGCCCAGUAGGCAACUUUCAUCAUAUAUCUCCAAUUUGGAUCACAAACAGAAUGGUUGUGAUCAGGGUGAAAAUCAAUCGAGCUUAGAUGGAGAAAGUGGUGCAAUUGUUCCAGUUGGUACAGAGAAAUUGACAAUUCCACUUUCUCCUGACCAUUCAAAAGGUCUACCAAAAGAAUUGGAGUGUCUUCACGAGAAACACUUGGCAACUUGCAGAUUGUUUAAUUACCAAGAAAUUCUCUCAGCCACAUCUAAUUUCUUGGCUGAAAAUUUGGUUGGAAAAGGAGGCAGCAGUUGGGUUUAUAGAGGUUGCCUUCCUGAUGGCAAGGAACUUGCUGUGAAAAUCUUAAAGCCGUCUGAUGAUUUAUUAAAGCAAUUUGUUUUAGAAAUUGAGAUUAUUACUACCUUACAUCACAAAAACAUCAUUUCUCUCUUGGGGUUCUGUUCUGAGGACAACAAUCUUCUCCUCGUUUAUGAUUUCCUAUCAAGAGGAAGCCUUGAAGAGAACCUCCAUGGUAACAGAAAGGACUCCCUUGCAUUUGGUUGGAGGGAGAGACACAAAGUUGCUGUAGGAGUAGCAGGGGCCUUGAAUUAUCUUCACAGUGGAACUUCACAACCUGUGAUCCACAGAGAUGUUAAAUCAUCAAAUAUACUUUUGUCUGAUGAUUUCGAUCCUCAGCUUUCUGAUUUUGGACUUGCUAAAUGGGCAUCAACCUCCUCAUCUCAUAUAAUCUGCACUGAUGUUGCUGGAACCUUUGGUUACUUGGCUCCUGAAUACUUCAUGUAUGGCAAAGUAAACGACAAGAUCGAUGUCUAUGCGUAUGGUGUUGUACUCCUUGAGCUUCUCUCAGGAAGGAAGCCUAUAAGCCAUGAUCAUCCCAAAGGCCAAGAAAGCCUAGUUAUGUGGGCAAAGCCAAUUUUAAAUGAUGGAAAGGUUUCUCAGUUGCUGGAUCCAACCUUGGGCAAUGACUAUGAUCAUGAUCAGAUGGAGAGGAUGGUUUUAGCUGCCACUCUUUGUGUAAAACAUUCUCCACGAGCUAGGCCUCAAAUGAGCCUUGUUUUGAAGCUCCUUCAAGGGGAUGCUGAAGUGAUGAAGUGGGCAAGGCUGCAAGUUAAUGCUGCAGAAGAACCUGAUAUGCUGGAUGAUGAAGCAUGUCCGCGUUCAAAUCUACAGUCUCAUCUUAAUCUUGCAUUGCUCGAUGUAGAGGAUGAUUCACUCUCUGUGAGCAGCAUUGAACAAACCGUCUCAUUGGAAGAUUAUUUGCAAGGCAGAUGCAGCCGCUCAUCAAGCUUUGACUAAAUGCUAGUAAAAGAUGAAUCAUUCUGUGUGAUUCUUUUGUAUAUUCCUUUGAUUUUUGGCCUUCAUUUUCAAUCAGUCUUCUGUCUUCUUUGGUUUUACUUACAUAAGGAUUACAGAUAGGUGUUGGAUGAGAGGUUGUUUAUGGUGUGCCCUCCUCCUUCCUGUACUAGUCAUAAACAAAAUUCCAAACUUUCUAGGAACUUUUUCUUCCCUUUUUUUUUUUUAAAUCCCCAAAGGUGUCGGUGGCUGAAUCAAUCAAGAGUCAGAAUCUGUUGUAACAGUUGAACUAGUCUUAUUUGUAUUUGAAACAUUCUCUGAUUAAGUGCUGAGCCAAGUAAUCAUUGCUCCAUUCGCCUGAAAGGGCUUAAA